AUGGUCGCCUUCACAUCUCUUUUCGGCACUGCUGCUCUUUUCGUUGGUUAUGCGUCUGCUCUCCCGCGGCCGCAGUGGUCUUCUUCCCCCUCGAGCAAGGAGGGCGCUGCCGUCAUGUCCCCUGCAGCCAUGAUGUCUGAUUCUUGGGACACCAUGUCAGCUGCGCCCACUGCCACCGGUUAUGCGAUGGGAUCAGAUUCCUACGGAUCUUGGUCCUCGUCGGCAGACUCAUGGUCUUCUGCGAGUGCUCCUAUGGCCACUGCCGAUUCAACUUGGGGAUCAUCCUCCGACUCGUGGGACACCACGUACGCUACAGAGACCGCAGCAGCUACCGCUACCGAUACGUGGUAUUCUUCAGCAACUGCGACGUGGAUGUCUUCUGCCACUUACACCGCAGCGCCGACCAUGGCGACAAUGUCGUACGGAUCCGGCAGCUCCAACUGGGGUGGUUCCGGCUAUGAAAACUGCGUGCAACAAUGCGUUGCCUCAUUUGGUGCACCGGCACCGACGAUGACCGCUGCAUCCACUUGGUCCUCUAGCUCGGGUUCUGACUCUUUGUCGUAUGGCUCCAGCUCUGGCUCGGGCACCACGCACACUGUCAUUGUUGCGCCCACGCAGGGCGUCCUACGCUUCGUCCCCUUCACUGUCAAUGCGUCCGUCGGAGACAGGAUCAUGUAUAUGUGGAAUGCGAACAACCACACCGUCACCAAGGGCUCUGAGCUUGAGAUCUGCAACGAGACCUCAGAAGCACCGUUCGCGACCGGCGAACACGACAAAGGUUUCACGUUCAUGGAGACUGUCAACAACACUGAUCCCGUCUUCUUCUUCUGCUCCACCCCCACUCACUGCGAGAAGGGUAUGUUCGGUAUCAUCAACCCUCCCAGUGUCGGGAACAACGCGAACACUUCAGUUGCAAGCAUGAUGCCCGCGAUGAUGGCCAACAGCUCCACGUUGUCUGCCAUGUACGCUGCCAGCAACAUCAGCAGUAACAGCAUGGCUGCGUCGUGGGGUAACACCAUGGAUAUGAGCUCUAUGCCCACGUGGUCGCAGUCCCUCGUUGCUGAGAACAUUAUGUACACGCGUGCUUUCUUGGCUGCUAACCCCUCUGUCAUGAAGCCCGACGGAUCCAUCGACAUGAGCGCGACCAACGGUUCCUGGACGCUGCCUGAGGAUAUCAGUCAGGUGCUCAGCAGCAACACCACGAGCACAACCAUGUCCAUGGGGGCGUCCUCGACAUCCAUGAGCAUGUCAUCGACCAGCGCAAUGACGACAAAGAUGCCGACCAGCGGUGCCCGUUCGACUGCGGCGUCUGGCGCGCUCCUCGGCGUUGCCGCGAUCGCUGCAACCUUCCUAGCCCUCUAA